GCUGAAUAAUUUGUGUGUUCAGUAUACUGGUUGCUAUUAGAGGGACUGGUCUCGAUUCUGCAGUGAAAUUUCACGCAACAUAUUUAGUAAACAAAUGCAGCUGUGGUUGUGUAGUGUGUGUUUUUUUAGAAAUAACAUUUCAUGGAGCAUUAAGUGAACUAUUAUAUCAAAUAUCUUUCUGUAUGAAUCAGAUCAGAUUGGAAACGAGUUUGUGGUGAGAGUAGCUCAGACGAAAGAGAACAAGUGCUAACGGGUGUACAUUCUAUCUAUGUAUUAGAAACAUGCCUCAAUAGUUUUUCCGCUUAUGGUCUAACAUGAACGACUGUGGAAAUCUGAGUAUUAAUUUUGUGAAUCGAAUGAGCAAACUUCAUACCGCACAUUUAGUGGAGUGAAUUUGAAUGAAAGGAAGCUCGUAUAUCCAGCAAGCACAAAACUGUUAAGAAAUGUCAUCUAGGCGUACCGCACCUCCACCAAUGCAACAAUUGCAGCCGCAAAUGUCGAUAUCCUAUGGUGAACCAGAAAAAAAACCGCGCAGCAAAUGCAUGUCUUUUGUUUGUUGCAUGUGGAAGGUGUUUACCUGCAUCUUUUCGCAUGUAACGUUAGUGGCCACAGUUGUUGCAUACUGUUUUCUGGGAGCAUUUACUUUCGAACAUUUAGAGGCAGAAAAUGAACGCAACGUCAAAAAAGGAAUCAGUUCUAUUCGUGUCAAUCUCACUGAUGCUAUUUGGAAAAUGACUAAUGAUAGACCAGUUUUGCAUCAACAAAAUUGGACAUCCGCUGCUAUUAUGCAUCUACAGUCUUUCGAAAAAGAAAUACUCACAGCCAUGAAAAAGGACGGUUGGGAUGGAAACGAAGAUGUGGAUCAAAUUCAAUGGACAUUUUUUGGAGCUCUUUUUUAUUCGAUUAUCGUCAUAACAACAAUCGGUUAUGGUCAUAUAGCUCCCAAAACAUACAUGGGAAAAAUAUCAACAAUUUUUUAUGCCAUUUUGGGCAUUCCACUCAUGUUACUGUGUCUCUCUAACAUCGGCGAUAUUAUGGCUAGUUCUUUUAGAUUUUUAUAUUGGCGAGUAUGUUGUUAUGUCUGUACGAGAGAACCUAAAAGGUCCAAUUCAAGAAGAAGUCGUAGCAGCCGUGGAACCGUCAGGCAAGGGAGAAGUUCUAUGAGAUCUGUUCAAGCAGCUGGAACAAAUUUAAGACGCUCGGUGCGAAAUUCUCAACGUUCAGCUGAUUCAGGAUUUGAUCCAUACUAUGAACCAGGCUUAUCUCAUUCAUAUUCGGAUACGGAUUGCAGGUAUAAUGCUGCCAUGGAUGAUGCAUACUAUCCCGAUAAUGAUCGAAGCAUGCGACAACAAACGAAGUAUGACACUCAAAAUCCCACCGGUCCUGGAGGUAUACGUCACCAAAUCAGAGGUGCUCCCAAUCCCGAUGCUUUUAUGAAUGAUGAGUAUCUCGCAAGUUCACAACAAAUAAAGCGUCCACCCCCGGGACAUUCCCGUGUCGAAUCCAUGGGACUCGAUCAAUCGCAAAGAUCGUUACAAAAACCACGUCAGUUUGAUGGGCAAUACAGAAAACCACAAGGAAUGCGAGCGCAAUCCCUUGAUCGCCGUAUGUUUCGGCAGGAUUCACAAAUGAUAGACAUGGAUGAUGAUUCACCAUGUAAAACGCCAAUACUGUGUAACAAAUAUGCGCUUGACGAUGUGGAUGACCAGGACGGCAGAUCGACGAGACCUAAUCCACGCAGUCAAUCGAUGCCACGCCAAACAGGUCGCUAUGGUGACCGUUUGAUGCCCGAUCGGAUGCCCUACUAUACGGAGGACAACGAGAUAACAGAAAAUAUGCAAUCCGUGCGCAAAUCAGCCCCACAACGACGUCGUGAGCCACGUCCCGUGCCAGCACCAUCGCCACGUAUAAUGUCACCGAUGGGAUUCGCAGUUCAUCGCCAAGCCCGCCAUCUACAAAAUGUGAUCGAUGAUAAUUCGCUCUAUGAUGACGAAUGGGAUCUCCACAGCGGCGAGCUUCCACCAUCCUCCAUUGUGCGGCCAGUGCCAAUUUGGUUGUGCGUUUUUCUAGUCGUUAGUUAUAUCAUUGCCGGCGCAUUUAUGUUUUCUGAAUGGGAAGAGUGGAGCUUCCUUGAUUCUGCAUACUUUUGUUUCAUAACCCUUACUACUAUAGGUUUUGGUGAUUUUGUUCCAGCUCAAGGGGUUAAAAAUGAUUCAGAAAUUUCAAUAGCACUCUGUUCUCUCUAUCUUCUCUUUGGCAUUGCACUUUUGGCCAUGAGUUUCAAUCUAGUACAGGAAGAAGUGAUCUCAAAUGUCAAAAGCGUCGCACGAAGACUAGGAAUACUUAAGGAAGAAGAAUUGGAUGAUUAAAUUGUUUUAUCGAUAUAAAAUUUCCUCCUCAUCAUAGUAUGUGUUUUUAUGACACAGCUUAAUUAUGUGAAAUAAUUUAAUCUUAAUCGUACUUUUUUUCACAUCUAGUUGAGCAAUAAAAUAAUGUUCUUAAAAAUGUUAUCCAAUAUGUCAAAAUAA